GCCAGGACUACGGUUCCCAUGAGGCCUCAGAGUAGGGCAUCGCUGACCUUAGAACGCUACUGUCCCGAAGGCCUAUGGGGAUUGUGGUUUUUACUUCCCCAGGUAGUGGGGGAGGGGGUCGUGGAAAUCAUUGGUUCGCCUUUCUUGCUGCAAGAUGGGUGGGAUGUGAGCUUACCCGGGACAGAGUUGCAGGGGCUGAUAAGCGUCAGGGCUCAACGGGAAAUCUAGUAGAAAGCUGGAUGGCUUUGGGAGGGAUCGAGCCCCUCCCGCCCCCGCCCCUUCUUCGGGUACUCUGCCUCUCACUUCCUGUUUCCGCUACUCCUUUCAUUUCUCCCCGUCCCCAAAUUCCCGUGUCUGAGCUCAGUCCGCUGUCUGGCUGGCAGUCGAGUUGGUGGUGCAGAGACAGUGUUCCUUCCCCUUCUCAUUAAACCUAACUUCCCAGUGGUCCUUUCUUUCCUCCCAGUCCUGUUCCCCUUACUCCAUCCUGGCGCAGUCCAUAAUUCCCCUUUCCCCCUGCCCUUCCCCUUCCUCCCCAUGUCCUUGUCCCUCCCCUUCUCCUCCAGCUCUUAUGUCACCUACAUCUUCCCAUCCUUCUCUCCUCUCUGCUUCUCACUUUUCUCCACCUUCCCUCUCAUUGUCUUCCACUGGUCAUCUUAAUCCUCCACCCCCUAUGCCAGUGACUUUCACAGACGUGGCUGUGUAUUUUGGAGAUGUCAUGUGGGAGAGCUACAGGGACCUCAUCUCCUUAGGAUUUCCAUUCCCUAAACCAGAACUGAUCCCUCACCUGGAGGAAGGGAAUGAGCCAUGGGGUCCGGGAUCUCAAGAAUCUGAAGAAAUGGGAGUCCCAAAAGAAUCCUAUCCAGGCAUGAGGACCAAGGAAGAAGAAGAGGCAGAAUCAGUCCCUGACCUUCCUUCUGUCUUGGAGAGUUCCCCACUACCAGCUAUACCCUGUGGCUCAACCAUCUCCCCACCCCCAGCAUCCCCACCCCCACCCCCAAAACCCUUUUCCUGCCCUGAAUGUGGUUCCUGCUUCUCACGACGCUCCCACCUUUCCCGCCAUAGGCUGAUUCACUCCGGUGAGCGCCCCUUCCCCUGCCCUGAAUGUGGAAAGUGCUUUGCCCAGGGUGCCCACCUGGCCUUGCAUCUGCGUUCCCAUACAGGUGACCGACCCUAUUCUUGUGGUCAGUGUGGCCGAAGCUUUCGCCAUGGCUCCCAUCUGGCCCGGCACCGACGCACACAUCUGCCUGACCCCCCCUACCGAUGUGGCCAGUGUGGCAAGGGUUUCUCCCAGAGCUCUGGGCUCCUACAGCACGCCACUGUCCACACCGGCGAGCGUCCCUAUAUUUGUGCUGUUUGUGGCAGAGGCUUUGGCCGUCACCCCAGCCUUAUCCGCCACCAAAAGUCCCAUUCAGGGGAACGUCCUUUCCCCUGUCCUGAGUGUGGCAAGCGCUUCACUCAGAGUGCCAAUCUUGCUCGCCAUCUUCGGACACACACUGGAGAGACACCAUACCUGUGUAGGGAGUGUGGGCGCGGCUUUAGCCAACACCCUCGCUUAGUGGCACACCGGAAGACCCACCACUCAGGACCCCCACCCCCACCCCCUCCUGUCCAUUCCUGCGCUGACUGUGGUCUACUGUUCCCUCAGGCUCUGGCCCUGGUCCGUCACCAGGCAGCCCAUCAUGGUGGUGAGAAGCCAUUCCGCUGCACCCAGUGUGGGGAGGGUUUUGGUCACCGCUCCAACCUGAGGCGCCACCAGCGUGGCCAUGGUGGGGAGCGGCCGUACCGCUGCAGUCAGUGUGGCAAAGGCUUUGGCCAGAGCUCCGGCCUGGUCCAGCACCAGCGCAUUCACACUGGUGAGAAGCCCUUCCGCUGCCCAGACUGCGGGCGUGGAUUCCGCUAUAGCUCCAACCUGGCGCAACAUUACCGGGGCCACACUGGGGACCGCCCCUUCCGCUGUGAGCAUUGUGAUCGUGGCUUUACCCGUAGCUCUCACCUGCUACGACACCGUGCCACACAUGGUGGGGAGGAUGGAGAUGAGGACUGUAGGCCCGGAGGGAUCCCUGUGCUGACAAUUAAGGCAACUUCCCUAAGCCAGGAAUCUCCCAAGGACUCUGGAGGCACUGUCCAAGUGAGUGAAACCCUAUCUCAGCCAGAGUGAUUUAUUUGUUCCCUGCGGUUGGAGCAACUGAGUCUUACUCCAGCCCAGUCUUUGGCUGUAGUGACUCCCAAAGCAGCCACUUUUUUGUAACCCAGAUGAUUACUCUUCCCUUGUCUUUCCUCAGAGAACAGGUAACCAACUCCCCAUGCCCAUGCCAGGAGUGAGAGCUCCUAAGUGCCCUCCUUGUCUCUCUGAGACUAUGCCUAUGAGACCUCCUCUAGGGGCUGAUUCCCUUUGCCUAAGGAAAAGUGUUUCCCAAAAGAGAGUACGCUCCCUGUUCUUUUCUCUCUUCAUCUUUAUCUAAAGAGUUUGUUGAGGCUGUCUCAGGAAUAGCUGGCAAUUACAGGUCUCUGCAGGAAACUUCAAGGAAGAUAAACUGAAUCCCUGUGAUAACCCCUGCCUGGGAUACAAAAAAAUCACACUAAUACUUUCAGAAGUUGCACUUGGUUCUUAACCACCAUCUCUUUAUUUCUGACUGAUCCCAUGAUGCUUUGGAGGCUACCUGGGAUCCUUUCUUUUAUGGGUACCAAAGUACUUUCCACAGCUUCCUUUGACAAUGUGAUCUACACUGACUGUAGCUCUCUAAAGGUGCCAGAUCUUAAAACUCCUUAUCACAUUGAGUCAAGAACACAGGCAAAUCGAGCUAUCCCUUUCCAGUUGCUUACAUUCCCUUGCAUUACUAACGUUCUAUAGAAAACCUGGGAUUUCCAUAUUGUAGAUGCUGUCUCCAGUGAUGUAGCUCAAAAAUUGCCAUUGCCCAUGUCUAUGACAAUUCUUAUUACCAUCCCCCCCCCCAAAAAAAAGCAUCACCCAGUUGCCAACCUUUAGCUGAUGAACUCUUCCAAACUUAAUUAGAUUGCCUCUAGUGCAACAGACUCAGUGGAUUGUUAGACUAUACUUUCAAACAUCUUUUUGAUUUGGUAAAACCUGUCAAAAUUUAAAUGGAUUGCUCUUGUAGUAAAAUCUUAAAAGAACUUAGCCUCACCUCCAUACCAAAAUAAGGCAUCAGAAUAAGACUGUAUUAGAAUGUUCCCUUAGAUUAAAGCCUACAAAUGUUGGGAGAUAUAAUUAGGAAAAUCAGAAGCAAGAUAAAAGUACAAUAGCAGGGUCUGGUUGAAAAAACUAAAAGGGGGGGGUGGAGUAAGGGAAGUUGGAGAGAGAUUAGAAGAUAGAAAUAAGGGAAUGAGACAGGGUAUCACUUGUUAAAAAGUAAUAAUUUCACCAUAUAGUAUUGUAUUUUAUAGUCAAAAAUUUUCAUAUUUUAUUUGAUCCUCAUAUAGGCCUGUGAGGUAGAUAGUCUCAUUUUCAUUUGUUAAGAUGGGGUCUGGGAUAGGAAAGGGCAAUCUCACAUACCCAGCCAAAGGAAAAACCAGGAUUGGAACUGGAUCUUCUGAUUUGAACAUCGAUGGAUGUUUCACUAUGUCCAUACCACUUCUAGUACACUAGCUGGCUUGGUCCUGUCACCAGAAAGCUUAUAGCGUAUUUAAGAAAACAGGACAUAUCUAGGGGGAAAAAAAAAAGAAGGCAAUAUAUAAGGACAAAGCACUAUGCAGUGAGGCCCCCUUAUUUACAUUCCUCAGAACCUACAUUUCCUAUCCAUACAGGGUCUCUUACCCCUGUAUGAAAAGCAGUCCAUGGUUUCCAUAAAAGUUUCCAGUGAGGGAUAUGCAGUUCUCAUACAGACAUGUCACAGUGGAGAAAAUGGGAUCUAGUGCCAAAGUUGACACCAAAGGAGGAAACUAUUUCCAUCUGUCCUUGGAGAAGGUACUAGGAUGAGAAAAGUCCAUACUUGCAAUAUCUUUUGUGCUUAUUGUUAAUAAUAAGGUAUAAAUAGUUAUUUUAGUUAAUUUAUUAUCUUUCCUCAAUGUAACUUUUGGGUUGUUAACAGUAAAUAAUAAAUAUUUGAGUUGGAAUCUCUCCUAGAAUGUGUCAAAGGGAUUUACCUUUCUUUGUAUCUCCAAUAUUGGGGCAAGACCUUGGCACAUAGUAAGCACUUAGUAAAUGCUUAUUGGUUGACUAUUUUGAUAAGUGCAAGAAAGAACUAUGGGAUGGCUGAUAUUUAAGCUUAGAGAUAGUUGCAUCCAAAAUUCUUUCUUUGCAAAUAAGAAAAUGAAGGUCUAGAGAGGGGAAAGAAGUUAUAUUGCAAUACAAUAUCAAGCUAUAAUAUGAACCAUAUAUAGUAAUCAAGCGAUCUGAAUCAAAGAAAUGCUUCCUAAAGGAGGUAAGGGUGGAGAGGAAGGACACAGGUAAGUAGAAAAGAGAGAGUCAUACAUUCCUUCUAAAGCAACGUCUGCAUCAGGAAAUUCUAUGUCCUGCCUCCAUGUCUUUUAUAAGUUGUCCCCUAGGGGACAUAGAAUGUUGAAUAUAGGAAACAGCAAAUAGGUCAGUUUUCCUGGAACUUAGAUUUCUAGAAGUGUAUUUAAUUAUUCUGGAGAGAUAGUUAAGAGCCUAACUGUGAAGAAUUUUAAAUAUCAAACAAAGGAGCAACUUUAUCCUAAGCAAUUGAAGCUUCUUAAGCAGGGGAAUGAGUGGUCAGAGCAGUGCUUUAGUGAUAAUCACUUUGGUAGCAGGUGAAAGAUGGAGUGAGAGAAGAGAGACCAAUUGGAAAGCAAUUACAAAAGUUAAGGCAAGAGAUAUUGAGGUCUUAAAUUAGAGAGGUGACCAUAUGAAUGAAAGGAGAACUGGUAAGAGAGAUUAAAGAGGUAGAAUUGACAAGAUCACAUUACUGGAUAUGGGAGUUGAGGGAAAGGGAAGAAUCAGUAGCAAAACCUGUUGUGAACAUAGGAGUCUAAGUAGUGGAAAAAGUUGAGAGGAAGAAUGAGUUUAUAGGAAAAGAAAUUCUUUUUGAGUUUGAGAUGACUAUGGAGGAAGCUGGAGGUCUGAAUACAGGAGAUAUGAGAGUUGAAUAUGUAGAUUUGAAAAUGAACUGCAUAGAGGCAACAAUUAAAUUCAUGAAAGCAGAUGAGAUCAUCAAAGAUAGUGUAGGGACAGAUAAGAGAGCCCUGCUCAUCAGGGAAUAAUAAACCAGAGGGGGGGCAAAGUUUGGUUUUGGCAGUAUGGAAAAUGAAGGAGAAGAAAUAAAAAGUAAAUUAUAGGUUAUAGAUCUGUGAGUCAAUAAAAUAAUAGUGAUGCUAUUUACAUUAUAUUCACUAAAAUUUCUCCAGAUAUCUUGGGAUUUAUAGGCCUUAAUCACUGCAUAGACUUUGUCUGAGGCAAACUGAGACCUGUUAAAAACCUUAAAAUAAAAAGGACAAGAUCUUCCACUGCUUUCAGGACCAUUUCUAAUAGUUCUGAUCUAUAUUUUGCUACCGGACCUAGAUGGCUCCAGAAGAGAAGGUGAGACUGGUGACCCUCCCUCAUUUAAAUACAAUUUAUUUACAUGUUAUGGCAUCACCUUCCUGAUGUCAUAAAUUUUUUCAAGAAUGCAAGACAAACAACAACCUCUGUGAGUAAUAGUAGCAGCUGUCCCACUGGGGACCCAAUUGUUAACUGGCCAGUUGGACAACACAGCUCUUUUUUUUCUCUUUUCUCUCCUUUCUUUUUCUUUCCCUUUCUUUCCCUCUAUUCACUUGGGAUAUCAUACCCUUACCUAUGAGUGCUCUGCCCAAAUGAAUGUAAAUUUUGAUAGGUAAAACCUUGCAAGAUAGUUUGGGAUUUAUGGGCUAGAAUGAUGCCUUAAAUCCAAAUCACUCUGGCUUCUGAUCUACAUCCUGCCACUGGACCCAGUGAAGAGAGUGAGGCUGGUGACUUUGCCCAGCCUAUCCUGAUUUAAAUCCAAUUCACUUGCAUCUCAUAGCAUCGCCACCCUGAUGAUAUGGAUCUCUUCCUGAAGAAAGGAUCAAUAGCAAGGAUCCAUUUGAUAGUUAUGGAUAAUUAGAAAAGGAUAAAAAUUUAAAUGUUCAGAUGACAGAGAAUGUAAUUUGAAGGAAUGGGAAAUAAAUGUAGCAGGAGAAAAACAGGGAACCAAGAAAAGCAAAAUGAGAAUUAAUAGUGUUAGCCAGAAAACUAGGAAAACCAGAAAGUAAGAUCAAUUAGGGAAGAAUUAGGAAAGGCAUGUUCAAUAAUAUCUGAAAAGAAGAUGAAAACUUAAAAAUCAUUGUAUUUGGCCAAGAAAAAGUAACUGAUGAACUUAAAAUAAUAGUUAGCAUUUAUAUAGUGCUUUAAAGUUUGCAAAGCACUUUACAAAGAAUAUCUUAUAUGAUCCUCUGAACUUUAGAUAUGGCUGCUAUCAUUGUCCUCAUUUUACGCAUAAGGAAACUGAAGCAAGCAGAGGUUAAGUGAUUUGCCUAGGAUCACAUAAUAAAAAUCUAGAUUUGAAUUCAAGUCCAUUCACUGUGCCACUGAGCUGCCUCCAAAUCCAGUGAACAAAUCCAUCUUUGAAACAACUUGAGUUAUGUCCCCAUAAACUUCUUGGAUUUGAAGGGCAUCAGAUUAGGUUAGGAAAUGUAGGGACAUGUGAAGGGAAUCACUUGAUAUUUUAUGAAUAAAGAGGAAUGUUAAAGGUAAAAAGAUUUGAAGUUCAGAAGGGAGUAAGGAUAUGGCAACAAGAAAUGUAUCUUCUACUAUGUCCAAAAAAGGCUACCAAACUGUUCAUACUCUUUGACCUAGUAGUGUCACUACUGGUCUUGUAUCUCAAAGAGAUUAUAAAAGAGGGAAACAUAUUUGUAGCAGUUCUUUUUGUGGUGUCAAAUUAUUGGAAAUUAGCAGAAUGUGCAUCAAUUGGGGGAUGACUGAAUAAGUUAUAAUAUUUGGAUGUCAUGGAAUAUUAUUGUUCUAUAAGGAAUGAUGAAUAGGCUAAGUAAAGUGAGCAGAACCAGGACAACAUUAUACACAGUAACAAGGUUAAGGGAUGGUCAUCUACAAUAAACUUAGCUCUUCUCACCAAUACAGUGAUCUAAGAUCCAAGAAAAUGUCAUUUGUAUCCAGAGAAAGAACUAUGGAGAUUGAAUGCAGAUUGAAGCAUACUAUUUUUCACUUGUUUUUAGCUUGUUUUUUGUUUUUUUUUCCUUUCUCAGGCUUCCCCCCCCCUUUUUUUUUUGUUUUUCUUUCACAGUAUAACUAAUAUGGAAAUAUGUUUUAAAUGUUUGUAAAUAAGCCUAUAUCAGAUUGUUUGCUAUCUUGGGAAAGGGAAAGAAAGGAGGGAGAAAAGAAAUUGGAACUUAAAAUCUUACAAAAAUAUUGAAAACUAUCUUUAAGUGUAAUUGAAAAAAUAAAAUAUCGGGGGGGAGGGAGAGAAAUGUAUCAUCUAAUAAGAUCUGGAAGGAAAUGAACUCAGUGCUGCUUUUAGGUUAGAACAGCUGAAAACCUAAGUGAUAACUACUUGGAUCUGGAUGUACAGACACCAAAUGUAGAGGGCACGAAGAUCCUUGAACACCAUUGUAGUCAUAUUAACACAUUUUUCAUAAUGAGAAGGCUUUCCCUCACUUUUUAUCAUUAUUAGCAGGUCUCCUGGAUAGGGUCUCUGCUUGUACAGAGGGGAAAGUAGAAUAGAAAUUCAAGAAUCAUGUGGUGUGGACAUUGGUUCCCUUCAGUUCCUGUUUUCCAGUAGUCAAUAUUCUAUCCAAGACUUCUCUGAAUAUGUAUUAGAUGGGAGAGGAGAGGAAGCAGGGGAAGCAUCAAGGAAGCAGAAUAACUCAAGAAGGGUAGAUUCUUAGAAUUCAAGGGGCAAAAGGAAAAGUUUUGGCUGGGGUUCCUGAAAUUUAACUUCUACUUCCCCAGGCUUAGUUUUGGAGUACUAUGUUAGUCCAGACCCAUUCUUGGGUAAUUCUACCUCAAUGGAAACAGUGCUUAUUCUCAUUCACUAAUCCACUCGAAAAUCAAGACAUCAUCCGCAUGAUGUCAGUGGUCCUCUUUGAGAAUGAAGGAUGAACAACCACCACCUGGGCUCAAAUCUUAUCUCUUCUCCUCACUAACUAGAAUCUCAAACAAGUUGCUUCCCUUCUCUGGACCGCAGUUCCCUCAUCUGUAAAAAAAGAAAAUUGAAUUAAAUGAGUUAUAAAUAACUUUCAACUCUAAAUACUAUGAAAUUCAUUCUGGCAAUGAGAAAUUUACCCAGCUUCUCCCUAUCCUGCAUCAUGGAUAUUCCUAGAACUCCUGAUCUCCAGGUUUUUUUAUCUCGAUAUCACCCUGAUCAAAAUUAGUGAACAAGUAGGGAGCUACAAGGGUUCUAUCAUCAAGGGAAGUACUGUUGAUGAUGUUCAAGUCAUGAUGAGCUACAACAAAUCGCAAAGAUGGGGAGUCAACCAGAAUGAAUUCACAGGUUCGAACCAUCUCCAGGUUUAUUCUACUGCCAUAAGGUGGGAAAAAUUCCUCAUGAACUUACAAUUAACAAAGGCAGAUUUGGGACCUUUUAUGGGAAAGGAUUAUAAGCAAGGUAUGCUAACUAUGCCAGUUGUGUGCAUCAAUAAAUCAACUAAUGGUCAUGGCUGUCUAUACAAGACAGACAAGAUGUCUAUAACUUAAUAUCCAUAUUGUAUAAGGUAAUUGUAGGUGUCAGUACAAGAUUAUGCAUGAUAAUUUUACAGAGUCAAUACUGGGGCCUCUCAGAUAUUGGGUUGCUUCCAAAGACAUUGUCUUUUGCUGGAGUCCAUUUACUCCAUCAUUAUCACUUUGGAUAGGACUGAAAGCAAAGGAAGAAAAUGAGUCAGGACAGAACAAAAAAAAAUUGACCUGUCUCUGGUCACAUCUAAAAGUGUUAGAGUCAGGUCAAAGGAGAACAAAUUGUUAAAUUUUCAGUGUGAAUAUUUAUACCCAGAAGUUAACAUUAGAUUAGAGUUUGAUUUAUUGUUAAUUAUUGAGGUGUAGACUUAAGAAAAUUAUAAGGAAAAUAUUGAUAAUUCAUAUCAAACUUUAAAAUGACAGGUACAUUUUUAAAGAGAUCCACUUGUUCAACAUUUACCUACCUCACACCCCAACCAAUAACUAUAGUAUGAAGAAUCAGAUAUUAAUCAACUCUCUCCUUCCAGUUUCUGCUUAAAAUGUUACUGCUUCUAGAGCAACUCUUGGUUUCACUUUGAUUUGUCUGGAUAUAUUCCUUGUAAUAGAACAAGAACUUUUUGGAGACGUCAGUUUGAGUCUGGAUUCUGACACUAGCUAUGUCACUUAACCUCUAUUAAGAACCAAAAAGUAUGCUUUACCCUCAACCCUGUGAAGGCAGUACUGAACACAUUAAUUAAAGUUGUGAAAUCUUUCAAGGCUCUUUUCUUUUACACUACUAUGGUGAGAUCAUGCAAAUCAUUUUCCUAGUUUUUCUCUCUUCUUUCUGCAAAUUUUCAUAAGUAUCUCUGAAUUCUUCAGAUUUGUCAUUUGCUCUUGUCAAUAAUAUUCCAUUGCUUUCAUAUACACUUUGUUCAGCCCAGUCAAUGAACACUCACAUUCUUCACCCCCACCCCCACCCCGUCCUCACUGGUAUUUUAUUUUUUCCAAUUGCACCUAAAAGUAAUUUUCAACAUUCAUUUUUGUAAGAUUUUGAGUUUCAAAUUUUUCUCCCUCAUCCCUCCUCCCUUCCCAAGAUAGCAAGCAAUCUAAUAUAGGUUAUACAUGUAUAAUAAUCAUAUUAGACAUAUUUCUGCGUUAAGCAUGUUGGGAAAGAAAUAUCAGAACAAAAGGGGAAAACCCCAAGAAAGAAAAACCCCAAAGUGAAAAUAGUAUACUUUAAAAUGCAUUCAGAGUUUAUAUUUUUUUUCCUCUGGAUGUGGAUAGCAUUCUCCAUCCUGAAUCUUUUUGAUCUCUGUGUUAUUGACAAGAGCUAAAUCAAUCAUAGUUGAUCAUCACAUAAUGUUACUGUUACUGUAUACAAUGUUCUCUUGGUCCUGCUCACUUCACCCAGCAUCAGUUUUCAUUAAGUCUUUCCAGGUUUUUCUGAAAUCCACCUACUCAUCUUUUUUUAUAUCACAUUAGUAUUCCACUACAUUCCAUACAACUUGUUUAGCCAUUCCUCAAUUGAUAGGCAUCCCCACAAUUUUCUAUUUUUGAGAACCCAGUUUUUUGUUACUACAAAAAAGGGUUACUAUAGCUAUUGUUCCAUCUAUAGGGAGUACUCUUAGAAUAUCAAAAUAUGUUACCCAAUACUUUAGGUUUUUACCUUCUGGAAGAACAUAAGAUAUUGCCAGGAAUGGGUUGCACAAUACCCCAAGCAAGAAGUGUACUUUACACUGAGGAAAGGUGAAUUUAGUUUACCAAUCAUUUAAAUAAAUGCUUACUAUAAAGAAAGCAAUAAAUUAAGUGUUGGGCAAACAAAGAUAAAAAUAGAGGAGAAACAAGAAAUCUGUAUUUUACAUCAAUGAUAGAACCUGGGUAAAUGUCUCUCUUUGCUUCUGUUUCUCUGGUAAUUUAUUUUUAGAACUUCAAAUCCACUUUGUAAUGGCAUUAUUUACAAUAAAUUUUGCCCCUUGACUAGGA